CUUACCUGCUCCCGGCGGAGUCCGCGUUGGAACAGCUGUCGACUGUUUCAUGAUUUUCUGCCGUUUCUUGGCAAAAAUGGCAAAUAAUGAUGCUGUUUUGAAGAGACUGGAGCAGAAGGGUGCAGAGGCAGAUCAAAUCAUUGAAUAUCUUAAGCAGCAAGUUGCUCUUCUUAAGGAGAAAGCAAUUUUGCAGGCAACUUUGAGAGAAGAGAAGAAACUUCGAGUUGAAAACGCUAAACUGAAGAAAGAAAUUGAAGAACUGAAACAAGAGCUAAUUCAGGCAGAAAUUCAAAAUGGGGUUUUAGGAGAGAAAAAGGAGAAAAAACAGCCGUCGGCAGCGGGAAGUGCCGACUCCAAGCCAAUAGAUGUUUCCCGCCUGGAUCUUCGAAUUGGUUGCAUUUUAUCUGCCAGAAAACACCCUGAUGCAGAUUCUUUGUAUGUAGAAGAAGUAGACAUUGGAGAAACAGCCCCAAGAACAGUUGUGAGUGGCCUGGUGAAUCAUGUUCCCCUUGAACAGAUGCAAAACAGGAUGGUGAUUUUACUUUGCAACCUGAAACCUGCGAAGAUGAGGGGAGUGCUGUCUCAAGCAAUGGUGAUGUGCGCCAGCUCACCAGAGAAAGUCGAAAUACUGGCUCCUCCUGACGGAUCUGUUCCUGGAGACAGAAUUACUUUCGACGCUUUCCCUGGAGAGCCUGACAAGGAGCUGAACCCUAAGAAGAAGAUCUGGGAGCAGAUCCAGCCUGAUCUUCGCACUAACGACGAGUGUGUGGCUAUGUACAAAGGAGCCCCCUUCGAGGUCAAAGGGAAGGGCGUGUGUCGGGCUCAAACCAUGGCCAACAGCGGAAUCAAGUAAAAUGAGAUGCUCUUGUUACUGAAGUACAUUGGAGAAAACUUUAAUAAUAAUAAAGAGGAUUAAUAUUUGUCACUUGUCCCU